AUGGAAAACGGACAGAACGAAGGCUCAUCCUCAGCAGACAGGAUCAUCUGCAACGGAUGCAAACUCACGCUCGAAGAGAACGGAACGGCAAGCGACAGCGUCGUCGUCUCAUUCGGAAACUCGCUCUGGCAUGUCGACUGCUUCCGAUGUGCAAAGUGUCGCAACCUAGUCGAGCAUGACACCAACCUCCUCCUGCUCUCCGAUGGCUCGCCCGUCUGCGAGAACUGCUCGUACAUCUGCUCGGUCUGCAAGCUGCCCAUCUCAAACGAAGCCAUCGUCACCGGAGAGGAAUCAUACCAUGCCGACUGCUUCCGCUGCCGGUCCUGCUCGAACCGGAUCGAGGAACUCAUCUUUGCCAAGACCAGCCAGGGCAUCUACUGCAUGACCUGCCACAACGAACGCGUCACCCGCUCCAGGCGACAUGCCGAAGCCAAACGGAACAAGUCCACCGCCAACACCACCAGCAGCGGAACCAAGAAGGAGAGAGACCGAGAGAGAGCAGACAAACCAAACCCGAACCGAUCCAAACCCAGGAACCUCAUCGCCCCGCAGAAAUCCCCACAGCCCGCCAACUCGUCAUCCUUCCCACUAUCAGCCACCGACCCAGCCCUCAACAGCAACCACUCCAAUCAUCACCACCACCCUCACCAGCACCACCACCACCACCACCUGCCCGGCCUCCCCUCAUCCCAUCCAGACCCCUCCAACAAACCGCUCUCCAGUCUGCCCAACACCCCCCGCAGCCCACACCCUCCCCUCAAGACAAACUCGAGCUCAAACUCUCUCCUCAACUCCUACCUCAGCCAUCAGCCCGGACUGGCCAGCUCCCACGGCUCAUCAACCGUCCCCCACAAGGAGUCCUACUCCCUCGACCAUGGCCAGAGACCCCUCCAGACCAGCAGAUCAACAUCCCCCAUCCUGCCCACCCGUCGUCGAGGUGGAUCGGCCUCAUCAGUCCAUCAUCCGUCUAACAACGGCCAUUCUGCCGCCUUACACCCUCACGAACCCAUCAACCCCCACCACCACGCCUCCUCACAAGCUGCUCAGAACACCAUCACUCGUCCUUCGACUGCCGACGGUAAGGGUCCCUCUUCCAAACCCCUCCAAUCAUACUUUACAUCCUCCGCCAUCAAUCGCUCCUACGAGUCCUCCCCUCAUCUCCCCGCCAAUCGAUCCCACCCUCAAGCCGAACACGGCCGUACGGCCAUGGAUAGGAACAGGCCCAUCGCUCCCAGAGCCGAUCCAGUCGAUCCCAAACUCAGAACCAAGCAUCGCUCCGUCUCCCUGAGCUCCUUCGACGACAUCACCCUUCAGAAUCAAAACAAUCUGCUCCAUCCCGGCCCAGGCUCAGACACUCAGCACCACAUGAACCUCGCCUCCGACCCCACCGCCUUUUCCUACAACGACAUCUUCUCCUCCCUCGAUCACAAUCCGGACGGCCAAGCAGAGGACCCUACUCGACUGAUGUCUCAACUAGAGCUCUCGGCAAUCGACAUCGAAGACCUGCUUGCCACACCCACCGCCGUCGAUCCCCGAGAUCCACGUGUGUCGUCAACCGCCGGUCGGCCCGAGAUCGACGAGAUCAGCAAAAAAGUGCGCGAGUCGAUCAGUCUGAGCCGAGAUAAACCGAAUCAGACGGCCACAGGCCUGGGCUUCGACGUCGGACUAGUCGAGAAACUCCUCUGGGAACUCGACGAAACCAAGGAAAGGAUGAAGGCCCUCCAGGACGAAUACCAUCAGAUGAAACGAGUCAGUCGAAGCGCUUACGAGGGCUUCAGUCUGGCAAGACAAAAUUAUGACACUCAAGUCUCACAGCGUCAAGAUGCUGAAGCAAAGAUGAAGGAACUCAAGACGAGGAUGAUCGAGCAAGCUUCACGAUUAAAAGAAAUGGAUUCCUUGAAGACCCUGGAGUUUCAAUCCGAAGAACUAAAAGAUUCCGUAUCCGGUUUACAGAAACAUGUUAGUCAGCUGGCUGCCGAGCGGGAUUUUAGAAUCGCCGAGGUGGAGGCAUUAAACGAUAUUAGCGAUCAAGUCAAGAAGACGGGCGAGCUCCCAAGUGGCGAGAGUCUUUCGGAACGCUUUGAUCAGCUCCGAAAGCGAUAUCUCCACGAGGUCCAAGACCUGGCCAGCGAGCGAGAUCGGUUGAAAGAAGAGGUAGCCCAUCUCGCGAGCAUCCGGGAGUCACAAGCGAAAGAGCUAGCGUCCUUGAACCAGCGCCAAGACGCCCUGACGGAGAUGAACGCGACGGCGGUGAAAAGAUUGGAAGAGACCCGAAGUACAGCCUCACGCAUCCUCGCCCGCCACCCCGCCCCAGCCAGCACGAUCAAGCCCAGCCUGAACUCCCCGACCACUAUGACUGGUGGCCAGUCGAGCGCACACGACUCCGACUUCCCCAUCCAGAUGUCCCCCGAGGUGAACAUCGCGACGACGCGCAAGUUCAAGUGGGGCAAGAGUCACACCCACAAAGCCUCGACAGCCGCCAGCUCGCGCCAACUGCAUCAUGCCAAGAACGCCAGCUCGAUCAGUACGCCCGAGUCGGCCGGGAUCAAUAACGGGGCCGCUCAUAACGACCAUCCGGCUAACAGCUCUGGUACCACCAACCCGCCCACCAACUCCUCCUCCGGCAAUCUCUCCUCCAACAACCAUGCCAACGCCUCCGCUGGUAACAACAACAACAGCAGCUCUUCCAAUGUCGCGUCGAGCUCGAUCGUCGGCUUGCGUCCGCACAACUUCCAGCCCGUCAGUGCGCUCCGACCUGUGCGGUGCGAUUACUGUGGGGACAAGCUAUGGGGACUAGCUGAAGUGCGAUGCACAGCUUGUGGGAGCUACAGCCACACGAAAUGUGCGGCGAACUUCUUCGGCUGUCACGCCUCGAGCGGCCCCAGUAAUCCGAGCCAUGGUACCAUGUCCAGCUCGCUCCUCGUCUCCGGCGCCGGGUCGAUCGAGGAGGACGUCGAGAGCGUUCUGUUCGGCAACGACCUCGUUAACCAGGCUCGGGCUGAGAAUAAACUGGUGCCUAGUGUGGUCACUAAGUGUAUCGAAGCCGUCGAGGAACAAGGGCUUAACUUUGAGGGCAUCUAUCGUAAGACGGGCGGGAUGUCGUCGGUGAAGAUGAUCCAGAACUGCUUCGAAAGAGGCCAGAGUAUGAACUUCAACGACCUCGACAAGUUCAACGACAUCUCCGCGAUCACCUCGACGUUGAAAAACUACUUCAGACAACUGCCCAAUCCUUUAUUCACCUUCGAAUUACACGAGGCGUUUGUGACUGUUGCUACGAUGGCGCAAGAGAACAUCCGCUUAGAAGCCCUAGAGCGCGUGAUCUACCAACUGCCAGCGGUGCAUUUCGAGACGCUGAAAGUGCUGAUGAACCAUCUGAGCAAGAUCGAGAAGCAAUCGGAGCACAACAAGAUGACCUCGCAGAACCUGGGCGUGAUCUUUGGCCCGACCCUGCUCCGCUCGGCGAACCCGAACAGACAGUUCUCGGACAUGCCGUUCACGGCCAAGAUCGUCGAGCUUACGGUCCUCAAUCGGCCCCUCCUCUUCCGGAAGCCUUUCGGCACUAACCCCUCGUCGUCCACCCCGUCCCCCAACAGUGCCAGCCCGGCCGCCGCCCCCAGUCUCCCCGCCUCCUCGACCGCAACGAUGCACCCGUCUUUGCCAAGGGGAGACCACCACUAG